UAUUAAUCGAUACUUUGGGCUAUAUUUUUGCAGUAGGAAGGUUUGCAUUGAAAAAUUAAUGUUUCUCAGAACUGUCACAUAGAUUAAAAGCAGUUUUUGUCUUCAUACAUUCAAUAUCACAUUAUACAAGUACGUGUGAUUUACAUCAAGCAUGAUGAUGCAGGAUAAGCCUAAGGUAGUUCUCCUGGCAUGUGGUUCUUUCAAUCCAAUCACAAAUAUGCACCUACGAAUGUUUGAGUUAGCACGUGACUAUCUACAUAGUACGAAAAGAUACCAGGUUAUUGGUGGGAUUAUUUCUCCUGUAAGUGAUGGAUAUGGCAAGAAAGGAUUGCUGACUGCAAAGCAUAGAUGUGAAAUGUUACAACGAGCACUUCAAACAAGUGAUUGGAUCAGAUUGGACACUUGGGAAAGUGAUCAAACAACAUGGACAGAAACACGUAAAGUUUUACAACAUCAUCAAAAUCUGUUUGAUUCAAUCGUGAAUGGUAACAAAUCUUCAUCAAAUCUAAGAAAAAAGCAAAAGCUGGAUUAUGAUAAGAUAAAUGCUAACACAAUUGGAGCCAAAGUUUCUUCACCAACUUGGGAUCUAAGCCAGCCUGUUCAAGUAAAACUUCUCUGUGGUGCAGAUUUGUUGGAAUCUUUUGGAGUGCCAAAGUUGUGGAAGGAUGAAGAUAUUGCUGACAUUGUUGGCAACUUUGGAUUAGUGGUCAUCACAAGAAAAGGAUCCAACCCCCAGAGAUUUAUCUAUGAAUCUGAUGUGCUCACCAAGUAUCAAUGGAACAUUCACCUUGUGACUGAAUGGAUUACCAAUGAUAUUAGCUCUACUAAGAUAAGAGAAGGGCGAGCUCUAAGGAGAGGAGAAAGUGUCAGAUAUCUUUUACAAGAUGCUGUAAUUCAGUACAUUAAGGAUCAAAAGCUUUAUCAAGAUCCUCAUAAGGAUGAUCCUACCCAUGCUGUAGCUGAGAUCUUGUACAUGAUGGGCCGAGUUCUAGGCUGCGUUUACAAAAAUAGUAGAAACUUGGAGUUAACAGGAAAUGUGUAAAAAUGUCAAAGGUAUGAAACCAGUGGGAAUCAACAUGUCAUCAGCAUUGUAUUUCUGAAUGAUAGGAAGCAUCAGUAGAUGUUCAUUAUUUAAGGUUUCAUGUGGGUUUGUUUGAAUGAAGCCUAUUAAUCAAUACUUUUGAAAAAACGUUUAAAUCUUUACAAAAAAAAAUUUCAUUAUGAGCUGUUCAUUUACAGAUUGUGCUACAUCAGUCAUAACUUUUAAUUAUUCUUUCAUUAUCUAGAAAGGAUAUAAUUAAUUAUGUGUAUAAAUAAGCAUUUUAAGCUUCCUUUGCUAAAAGUAAUUAUAUAUAUAAUGAUUGUUUUCAGUUGUUUGUGACUACGUUGGAAUUGUAUUUUUAUAUUAAAUUUUCAUAAAGGUGCUCUAGGUGAAAUUUUGAGAAUGAGAAGCUAAUUGCCAUUUAUAAGUUACAUAAGUAUUCACUACUGUUGUUUGUUGUGAAAGUAAAAAUGUGUAAAAGUAAAAACUUUUCUCAGCAAGUGACUUGUAUGUUUGUUCUUGUACUUUUCUUAGAUGCCAUGGAGACAUUGAAAGAAUAAAGUAUAAAGUUUUGACUAAGAAUGAUAAUUCUACUGCAUGUGGUAUGCUUUUCUUUUUGUGAAAAUAUUCAAUCUCUUAUAAAUUACUUGAUCAGUUGAUUUUUUUUACUAGUGUAACUUUUAUCUUUUCUGUAAAGCUUUUUCUGCUUUAUGAACAUUGUUCAGUGUCUGUAUCAGAGAUUCACAUUUUAGUUUAGAAGGUUCACCCUGUUAUGUUCCUCUUUUAUACUAGAGGAAAUAGUAGUGCUGAUGUGAAAAAGGAUUAUCUGUAAUGAUUACAAAAAAAAAGGAUUAUCUGUAAUGAUUAACAAAAAAAAGGAUUAUCUGUAAUGAUUACACAAAAAAAAGAUUAUCUGUAAUGACUACAAACUUAACUGUGUUGUGUUUACUGAAACUUCUGUGUGGCUGCUUGUGUAAUUUUAGAUUUAGUAUUUUUGUCCUGUUUUCUAUUUUCUUUAUUGCUGAAGCUAUUGUAAUUCACAGUAUAUUUCAGAAUAUUUCCUACCAUUAACAACAAAUAAAAUUAUUUCAAACACUUACUUGGUUCUUAAAAGAUUAUUAACAAAGGAACUUGCAUGUGUUAUAAGUUUUUGCAGUUUUGGAAAUAUAUACUGAUGAGAGGUAAGUUACCAUUACAAUUUGAAUGGAACAGUAACUAUUCGUUAUUUUUCUAAGUGUGCAAAUUAAUUUGAAACAAAUUUUGAAUAAAACACUUGAAUGAAUAAAAAUGAAAUUGUGGCUGUUGAAUUUCAAAAAAUGCCCAAGAAAGCUGUGUGAGUGAUUAAGGGUAGUUGUGAUGUCACAGAAAUCUCGCAAGUGCAUGUUUUGUGAAAUAGUAAUUUAAAUCGAACAUAAAAUUGUACCUAUGUUACUAAAUAGAUGAGCAAUUUUUAACAAAAGACCAUGACAAAACACAACAAUGAUGCUCAAUAAUUCAAAGUUUGUAAUGACUAACGACAUAUUUAAUUAUAACAGCUGAGUAUGCAAUGUAAAAGAACAUCAAGGUUUGAAAAUACAAAUAUUGUGUUCAUAAAAGUUAAUUGUCACAAACGUUUUUCUUCUUAGUGUUAGUUGAAAAAUACAAAAAGAUUUGUUUUACAGAGCACAUAUUUUUAAACCAUAAUUUUUAUAACAAACAUAUUUUGGAAUAAUAAUAAUUGCAUAUUGAGUAUGAGGAUACAGCUGUAUUUUAUGUACAAGCAGCUAAAAGCAAAUCAUGGGACAUUUUUAGCAAAAUACACAAAACAGUAUUUGUUUGAUUAAAGUAUUUUAUGAAAAAUGUUCUUGGUUUCUAACUGAGGCUUUUGUGAGUGAUGUAGUGUAUCAUGUAUAGAAGUACAGAUAUUGCACACUCAGUAAUUUUGUGUAUGAUAAUAUUGUCGGCUCUUGAAUGUUGUUCCUAACUGCCAGAAGCUUAUUAAGAUCAUGUCAGUAAGAUUAACCAUUGCCAUGUACAAAUAUGUCCUUUGCCAAAAGUAGUAACUAUUCUCAUUUUCUUUAAAAAAAAUUGUGAAUAAAUGGGAAUUCUUUUCAGUACCACACCAGUAACCCUUUAAAUAUUUAUUACCUUCAUUGUUUUGCAGUUUUGAUCUGAAAGCAAAAAAUUAAGUAACAUGAAAGAAUCUUUAGAAAACUCCAUUAAAAACUAGAAAAUUAAAAUGUUCACAAAAUCAAAAAUCAUUAUAUUUUUUAAAACUUGAAAUUAUCUUAAAUAAAUGAAGUUCAAAGAUUGAUACCGCCUGUAGACAACAGAUGACAUUAUUUCAAUACAGAGUUACUAAAUAGACACUCAUUUAAAAAAGGAAAUAUUUUUGUACUUCUCCCAUAAGCUCUAAUUUAAGUCAGCUUAAUGAGAACAGCUUCUGAAAUCUUUGGAUAAGGAUAAUGUACAGUAGAAGCAACAUUCAUUUAAAUGCAAGUAAACUGUUUUAUUAUUAUUACUGUCCUGUUGUUUGUUACAUGACAGUUCCACUCACUGAACAUGAACUUUUCAACUUAAGAGGUCUGUGGUUAAGUCUGUUGAAAUUUGUUUUAUCUGCUAGGAGCAGCUUAUUGGUAGGAGUCAUCGAUGGAGAAGUCACAGUAAUAUUCAUAGAUUUAAUAUUAAACUUUGUAAGAUCAAAUCCAUAAUAGACUAAAAUGGGUUAAGAACUCUUAAUCUCCAUUGUUGAAAUUGAGAAGGGCCGACUUCAUUAUAAAGGAGCUUCGUUUCCAGAGGAUUUAUUAAGAGAGGUACUACUGUACUUUGAUUUUAAUGAGGACCCAUAGACUCCAGUUUGGUAAACAUUGUUCUUUUAUUAUUAUUAUUAUUAUCAUCCUGACUAGAUUACAAUGAGCUAUAUACACGUCUUUUUUCAUGAAU